AAGAAGGCUCACAUCCUCCAGACUGUCAUGGCCGCGCACACCGUCCGCUAAUGUUGGUAAGGGGAAGCAUUGGCUGGAGAGGUCAACUCUUUCAAGACUAUGAAUGAUCAGCCAUGGAACAGAUCAUAUUUCGUCAUGACACUGUGCUCUCAGAGGUUCAUAUGCUCUUUGCUAAUCCGCACCACCGUAUGACACGCCUCAACCAUGUUGGGCAGCCUGUGUUCUUGUCCAACUUCAAGAUCUUGGUAGAAAAACACAAUGAUGAAGGGAAAGGUAUAAUAACAGAAGAGAAAUACAAGGACCCAGGGGGAGCCAGUGGAACAUCUAAGGCAGACACUCAUGGAGAAAAAGGAGAGGAAGGUGGGGAAGAAAGUGAGGUGCCAUUCUUGGAUGAGGAUGGGGACCUGAACAUCGUGCGUCGACCACGGAAAAACCCUUUGGAUGCUGGCAGCCGAGACUUGGUCUGUCCAGUCAUUCUCAAACAGUCCGACCCUGAACUGGAACAAGAGGAGGAAAAUACGGAUGAUGAAGAGGGUCAAUGCCCCAAAGAUAUUAUACGGAUUGAGCACACAAUGGCCACACCCUUGGAGGAUGUUGGCAAACAGGUGUGGCGGGGGGCGUUCUUCCUGGCUGACUUCAUCCUCACUGAGCCGCUCAUGUUCAGAGGAGCUACAGUCCUAGAGCUAGGAGCAGGAACAGGCUUAACCAGCAUCAUCAUGGCAACCGUAGCCAAAACAGUGUACUGCACAGAUGUGGGUGAAGACCUUCUAGGCAUGUGUAAGAGAAAUGUAGCAUUAAAUAAACACAAAAUGGAGCCUGCAGGUGGGGAGGUGAGAGUGAGACAUCUGGACUGGCUUCAGCAUGACCUUUGUACAGAUGCUGAUAUGGAGUUUAGUUGGACAGAGGAUGAAGUAGCUGAUCUACAUAACAACACUAGCUUCAUCAUUGCUGCUGAUGUUUGCUAUGAUGAUGAUCUGACGGAUGGCCUUUUCCGAACACUGUACCAACUCUGCAGCAACUUUCUUCACCCCUGCACAAUUUUCUUCUCCAUAGAGAAAAGGAUGAACUUCACCCUGCGACACAUGGAUGUUUCUUGCGAGGCCUACCAUCAUUUCAGAUGCUGUCUGUCCCAACUCAAAGACCUGGCUGAUGGGCGAUGCCACUUCAAGGUGGAACAGCUCCCUUCGAACUUUGCACAAUUUCUUCUGUACGAACGCAUAGAGCACCUGGAGCUUUGGAAGGUGACUGCGACUCCACUUUCUUUUGAGCAAGCCCGGUCUGAUUCUGAACCACUUUCAUCUUGACUUGGUAGACCAGCUGAGCACUCUGAGUACCCUUCCAGGACUGAGCAUAGAGUGUGAUCCAUCAGCUUUAGUUUGUAAAUAUGAAGCUGAUAACUCUUACGAGCCUAAAACAAGCCAUUGAUUCACUGUAUAAAUCUAGCAUAAUUUAUUUUGAAACUUGAUUUAUGCGUUCUUACCUGACUAAUUGUAGAUGAAGCCAUUUUAAGUUGAUGGAAGUUCUCUGACUUUGUUAACUUAAAGUUAACCAGAGCCGAAUGUCUGUACAGUACAUGUUUGUACAUUAAAGCUUAUUUAAAACAAGA